GCAGAAGAGCUAAAUUCAGAAAAUUUGGGUGAAACCACUCUGUUGGCAAAACUUCACAAUGACAUUACUAACAAGUUGGAUAUCAGUCCUAAUGGCACUACUUCUUCUGUUACAUAUUUGGAGAGCAAAGGUCUACGCUUCUGGAAACUCAGAGGAGGAAAUAGAUUUCACAUAUGUUAUUAUAGGAGCUACUCUGGGAGCAUUUCUAGCAAUUGGGUUUGUAGCAGUAAUAAUCUGCAUGAUCAAAAAACAGAUGAUUGACAAUGUCUUUGAAGAGUCAGAUGGCAAAAUGGAUAGAAGGUCAAACAUGGGAUCGAGCCAGAACAGAGACGUCAAUGUACUAGGAAAACAAAGUACAAACGAUCAAUAAUCCUUUUGCACUUGACAGUUACCUGGUCUGAGGAUUGAUCAAAGUCUCUUGUGCACAGGCAGGAACCUCACCAAUACCAACUCCUUUCUUUGUUCUUUAAUUGAAAGACUGAUUGACUGAUUACAGGAAGAGCUUAUAGUGCAUGCUAACUUCAAUCACCUGCACACAAAAAGCCUGCAAUCCCUAACAGCAUACAUAUGAAGGAAAUGUACGAGGAAAAUAAAAUAGACGAGCUCUGCUCAUUAAUAGAUCGUGUUUAGUCUGUGAUAAGUAUAUGAUUGAUUUCUAAAAUCAAUUAAAUACAGGGUAAUCAAAAAGGUAGCAAUAUAUUUCAACAGCUGAAUUUGUGGUCACACCUGUACUUCAAGAUAGGUAAAUAAUGACUGAAGUAACUUUAAAUAUCAUUCAUUUGAGGUUGACUCAAAACAAGGCUCCUCAAGUUUUUCAGAAAAUAUAUGUUUUGUGUUAAUAUGAAAAUAUUUCAUUCACACUAAAAUUAUAUUUUUUUUUUAGCUUUAGGACUGAUGUCUUUUGUUUAACUGUAGGUGGUAAUGCUCAUUUCAGCCAUUUUAAAUGUAUUGUGGUAAUUUAAAAUUAAAAAUUUCUUUUUGAAAUAAUGUUUUUAAUGAUUUUAGAAUGUUGAAAUGAAAACAGUUUUGUGUACCACCCCCCCCCCCCCCAAACCCCCCAUUUCUGGACAUCUGAAAUGAAACAUUUCAUGUCAACAUUCUACAAACAAGCUAAUCUGGCAUUUCCGAAAUUCACCCAUCACUAUUUUUUAGUACAAAAGAAUGCACUAACUUCAGUCAGAAUUUGCGAUUAAUUUUGGUCUCCCAGUCCCUUCAUUCCUGUUCUAGCCUUAUAUAUUCUGUUGAAUUUUAUUUCAUCAAUGCUGCUUUGCCUGGCUCCAAUUAUAAGCUGCUUACAGCGGGAAAGGCAACAAGAAAAAAUAGAGCUUUGUCUCAGAACAUUUAGAAUAGCUUACAUAAUUUUAAAUGGUUUAAACCAAAGUUAUUUUGUAAGCACCUCCCAGCUUUCCCCAAAGCUGUAAGCCUGUGGCUUUGGUCUCAGUUGAGAAAAUAAAUGCCAUAGAUUCUAUUCUGUUUAAAUCCACUGCCUUCAAGAAUGCUUUAUUAUAACAAAUAUUGUCAUCACAAGGUGCAAGAAAAGCAGGAAUAUUUUUGUAUUUCAGCUUGUAAAGACAGGGCAGCAAACAUCAGUGGCAGGUGCUCUGGGAGCACUUGGCUGGCAGCAGCGCUGCGCUGGGCAGCUUCUGCUACUCUUACAGCUCCUCUCAGGAAACCCAGCAGGACUCAAAGGCUUGAGGGCCUCAGGUAGAUGGCACACACAACAUUAAAUGAUGUUCACCAUAUUUCACAAGUAUAGCUGUUAUGUCAUAGCAUUGGCUCAGGCCAAUGUCUAUAGACAAAUGGAUUUUUUAAUCGAAUAUAUGUUCCUAAAGUUAACUUUUAAGCCAGUGUCUGCUCUCAGUUAUGCCAUGUGGCAGAUCAUAGUAAAUGAAGUUCUUUCCAGUUCUUCACUACUGUAAUAUAGCAGAAGUUAUCCAACCAAAAAAAACCAAAACAAAAUGUAAAUACUAGACUGAAGUCUAACCCAGAACUUAUGUGUAAAAUUAAGAAAUAUCAUUCAAAAAAUCAUGGAAGGCAGGGCCUCCCAUCCAAUAAUCAGCUUUCGGACUGUGAUGAGCUGCAAUUAACCCCAGACAUUAAAGGCAGAGCUGAUGAGCUGAGUCAGGGACUUAGAGUUAACACACUGUCAGAGCAUAAGAGCAGAUAUAUCAGAAUCUUGUUUCUAUAAAGAAUAAGCUACUGUACUACUUGUAACUGAAACUGAAAGGAUUUGAAUAUGUGAAUAUUACCUUAGCAAAGGAGGUAACUUUCCAAAUGUGCAAAGGCAACUGGGUAGUAAUUUUUCUGCACAUUUUGAACAACAAAAUGUAAGGGUUAUUUUCAGAGAAAAUUGAUAUAUUGGAAUAAUUUCCCUGGAUUCCUAAGUGUAUGUUACCCAGUUCAGUAACACUGCAGUUCAUUAGCAGCGUUUGCUAACAGAUAAACUAAAGCAGUAAUGUGAUACUUGUAAGUAAUUGUGUGUGUGUACAUGUGUAAGUGAAUAAACCAUCUUGUAAGGUA